AAGAAGGGUCAAAAAUCAAACAUCAAAAGGUCCAUAAAACUAUUGAAUAUCAACUGAAAUUCCAUAACUUUCCCAAGAGAUGACAUCUCUAAACCUCUCCGCUCCAAUCUCAAUUCAUACCUAUGCAUACUUCACUUCCCCAAAAUUCACCAAUCAUAGCAGUAACCCUAAUAUUACCCGCAUUAGUCUUCUUCCCAUCUCAAAAUAUUCCGAUUUGAAUAAAACCCAAUUCAAUUUCCUCCUCAAAAACCCCAAAUCUCCCUUCUCCAACCCCUUAAAACCCUUUAAUAGUAUAAUUUGCAAGAGUCUUAAAGAGUCCCAAGAUGACAUACAGACGAAUUUUCCACCCAAAUAUGGUGGUGGAAAUGGUGGUGAUGGUGGAGGAGAUGGAGGUGGAGAUGAUGGGAAAAAAGGGGAUUCUUCGAGCGUAUUGCCUGAGUGGUUGAACUUUACUUCAGAUGAUGCAAAAACAGUUUUUGCGGCAAUUGCAAUUUCCCUUGCUUUUAGGACUUUUAUUGCUGAGCCUAGAUAUAUUCCUUCUUUAUCCAUGUAUCCUACAUUUGAUGUUGGGGAUCGACUUGUAGCAGAAAAGGUGACGUACUAUUUCCGAAAACCUUGUCCCAAUGACAUAGUGAUAUUCAAGAGUCCACCGGUUCUUCAAGAUGUUGGCUACACUGAUGAUGAUGUUUUCAUCAAACGUGUGGUCGCCAAGGCUGGGGAUACUGUGGAGGUGAAGGAUGGUAAGUUGAUUGUGAAUGGAGUCGUAAAGGAUGAAGAUUACAUCUAUGAAUCUCCUUCGUACAACAUGACUCCAGUUCAUGUGCCAGAGAACUCUGUUUUUGUUAUGGGUGACAAUCGCAAUAACAGCUAUGAUUCCCAUGUGUGGGGUCCUCUUCCUGCAAAGAACAUUAUUGGAAGAUCAGUCUUGCGGUAUUGGCCACCUGGCAGGAUCGGGAGUACAGUCCUUCCCGAGGGCUGUGCUAUUGAAAAGCAGGAGAGCUCUUUGCCAUCUUCAUUACAAUCCGCUUCACCAUCACCAUAGAGUGUAUAAACGGACUUUAUUCUGUUUCAUCUCCCUCUAUGCUUCUUAAGGCCCCCAAGGCAGUGUAUCUGACAGUUUUGCCGUGCGCAUAGACAAAAGACUUGCUCAUCCUCGGGAAGCCCCAUCUUAAAUGCAGUCGUAGAGAACUUUUCGAUGAAGACAUAUUGAUCAAUGAGAUCGGUGCACUGUAAGUUUGUAACAUGAGUUUCGUAGGAAAUAUCGAUAUGUUACAUUCUUUCUCUUUCAUUUUACGUGUUGCAUUGGCUUGCCAUUAGAAGUUGGUGAAUGACUCGUAUGAGGUGAUUUUGUUUGAUUAUCUCUGUAUUCUACUAAUAAGUUUUCCGAUAAAACACGAUGUGAAAUAGUCUUAUUACUGAAAAAAUAACUGUAAAAAAGUUCGAUUCAAUUACUAAACUCGAAAACGACCUAAUCGACUGAUUAACAGUAAGCUUGAUGGUGUAGUAUCGUUCAGUAUAACUUCAUAUACAUUAUACACUCUUACAUUAUUAAAAAAAUGUGUUUUUAUAUGCAAGAAUUUUCUGCGAGUUUGACAAUCUGGGAGGUGUAAAAGCAGAUGUUUAACGAACACCUUACGUGGCGUCGGUAUUUUGUCUUCACCAACUUUCCGACAACAGCUCCAUGUGAUCUUAUCUCGACAUCCAAUGUCAUCGGAAUACAUUUGGUCUUAUCGGAGAGCACGAAGCCUGCACCAGCACCAUACAAUGGAACCUUACUUCACUCAGAUGUUUAUAUCCACUGUUCGCCAACUUUUUCUGGGUUGGUAGUAAGGGUCCAACUGCAAGGGAAUAAAUUACUUAUGCAAAUUAAAUUAGUAAAAUAAUGGAUUUCCAUUUAACAUCUAUAAAUAACUUCAAAAAAUAAAUGUAACCUAUGAUUUUUAUUAUGUAUUUUAACACAUUUAAGAGGCCUAAA